UACACAGCAAACUGCCGUAAGGUGUUGCUUCUUUGCAGCUUAAAGAGAAAGACUGGCGCUAGCAGGCCACAGUGCAGCUUCAAGGUCUGUCUAUGUAGGUUUAACCACCCUGUAAAAGGCCUCGAUUCCACGCACGGUCCAUGUUAUGCACGAGGACUAGACCGUGACCUGGACUCUGACGUCAUACGCCACCGGACUUAGACCCUGAAAAAGUGUUGUCAAUGAGUUAUAAACGGGAGUUACGUAUCAGUGUUUAUACCACUUGUGUUAACAGCAGCUCUGUUCAGCGGAAAGCGAUCGAUGGAUUUCCAAAAACUUUGCACUUUUGAAAGUUUUCAGCAGGUCUGGAGCCACUACGGUUAUGGGGGAAACUUGAAGGACGUGAUCGAGCAAGAGUUCUCGCGGAUUAAAGAAAUAACGUAUCUGGAUCACGCAGCAGCUACUCUGUACCCAGAGUCUCUGGUCAGGGACUACUGCCAGGACAUUUCAAGGAAUCUGUAUGGAAACCCUCACAGCCACAGCCCCUGCAGCAGACUGACACAUGACACUGUGGAGAGGGUUAGAUACAGGAUAUUGCAGCAUUUUAAUGUCACCCCUGAGGAAUACUCUGUGAUUUUCACUUCUGGCUGUACAGCCGCUCUUAAAUUAGUGGCUGAGAGCUUUCCCUGGAGGCCACAGACUGAGAGUGAAGUGGGGAGUCUCUACUGCUACCUCACUGACAGCCAUACCUCUGUAGUUGGCAUAAGAGGACUGGCUUCUGGCUGGGGGGUCGUCGCCCUGUCUGUCUCCCCUCAGGAAGUGGAAAACAAGGCAAAGGAUGAGGCUCAAGGUGAAGGUGAUAUUUACCAGACACCGCACCUCUUCUGCUACCCAGCACAGAGCAACUUCUCAGGGAGGAAGUAUCCUCUUAGCUAUGUGAAAGGCAUCCAGGCAAGACGCCUUUACCCAGCAUGUGAACACCAAGGCCGCUGGUUUGUGCUGCUUGAUGCAGCCUCUCAUGUCAGCUGCUCCCAUCUAAACCUACAGGACUGCCCUGCUGAUUUCAUUCCCAUCUCCUUCUACAAGAUGUUUGGCUUCCCCACAGGGCUGGGGGCUCUUCUUAUCCAUAACGGUGCAGCAGGUAUGCUAAAAAAGACUUAUUUUGGAGGGGGCACAGCAGCAGCUUACCUUUCUGGAGAAGAUUAUUAUGUGCAGGCAGAAAAUAUAUCUGACAGAUUUGAAGAUGGGACUAUCUCUUUCUUAGACAUAAUUGCUCUACAUCACAGUUUUGAAGCUCUUUACAGGAUCACAGGGGGCAUGCACAACAUUGAACAGCAUACAUUUGGGUUAGCGCACUACACUUAUAUGCUGCUGUCAAGUCUUUGCCAUGGCAACGGGCGACCGGUGGCUCAGAUAUACACCGAAGGCCAAUUUGAGAGUCCAAGCACACAGGGCGCAAUCCUCAACUUCAACCUUGUUGAUUCUCAUGGGCAGAUAAUUGGGUAUUCUCAGGUGGACAGAAUGGCCAGUUUGUACAAUAUUCACAUACGUACAGGCUGCUUCUGCAAUACGGGGGCCUGUCAGUCCUUCCUUGGGAUCACCAAUCAGCAGAUGAAGAGAAACCUGCAGGCCGGUCAUGUGUGUGGAGACAGCAUCGACCUGGUGGAUGGUCAGCCAACUGGAUCUGUUCGCAUAUCCUUUGGCUACAUGUCAACAUUUGAAGACUGUCAAAAAUUCCUGAACUUUGUUGCUGAGUGCUUCGUAGAGAAACCGGUCACAGUGGAUCAAGUGAGACUAGAGAAACUAAAAACAGCCACAGCAGGAGCCCAGAGCACAAAUGAAGAUCCACAAAUCAGAAUCACUAGUGAAGAAAUACAUAAAGUAGAUGAGAAGAAGAAGAAGCAGCCUACAGAAGCAUCCUUGAGGGGCUGUGGACACAGAGACUCACACAGCCAUGGGGAGGCUUAUACUCUUACCAACAUAUACAUAUAUCCAAUCAAAUCAUGUGGAGCAUAUGAGGUACACGAUUGGCCAUUGGGGCCACUGGGUUUACUGUAUGACAGAGGCUGGAUGGUGGUGAAUGGAAACGGCGUGUGCCUGAGUCAGAAGAGAGAGACGCGUUUAUGCCUUAUUCGCCCACAAGUCCACCUGGCCUCAAACAAAUUGCUCCUGCAGGCAUCAGGGAUGGAUACCAUUUCGGUUCCUUUGGAAAACAACGAUCAAAUGCACACAAGCUAUCGGGUGUGUCAGACUAAAGUUUGUGGUGACAGGGUGGAGAUUCUCGACUGUGGGGAUGAAGCCGCCUCAUGGCUUUCAGACUUCCUUGGGCAGCCAUGCCGCCUGAUAAGACAAAGUCCUGAUUUCACCCGAAACAUGAAGAAGAGGCCUAACAGAGCUGCAACCUCCACAUCGCUCUCCCUGGUGAAUGAAGCUCAGUAUCUCAUGAUCAACCAUGCCAGUGUGGAGCUCAUUCAGAAAUUAAUGAGCAGCAGCCAGAAUUACUCUGAGGGCGAUCAGCUCCUUGACACACAGAAAGUCAUUAGCCGCUUCCGAGCCAAUUUAGUCAUCGCUGGAGGAGAACCAUUUGAGGAGAAUAACUGGUCACACUUGAUAAUUGGCAACACUCAAUUCAUGGUCCAAGGUCACUGUGAAAGGUGCCAGAUGGUUGGAGUGGACCAGGACACUGGGACAAAAACAAAAGAGCCGCUAAUGUCCCUGUCCGCCUAUUGCACUGGAAAGGUGACUUUUGGCGUGUACCUGACACAUCAGCUUCCAGAUGAAUCCACUACAGCCACCUUUCUCUCUGUUGGCUCCCUCGUACAGCCAGAGCCACAGAGUUCUUGAGGCUCCGAAGGUGGCUGAAAAGAGGCUUGUUGGCCCUCAUUGUUGUCCUCCUGCUUUUCUCGCUGAAAACGUUCCAAGAAU